AUGUGUCUGAAAAAUGAGCCCGCGGAGCUGACACUCACUAUGGCCUCAAAACAUGUCCCCGGGGGAGUGGGGGAGGAGAAGCCCGCCGACGACAAAGUGCAAGACCUGUGCGACAAGAUAAAACACGAUUUCCUGCACAAAUCUGGGCUUAAGACCGAAGAGUUUAAGGCCGUCAAAUACGCGAAACAGGUUGUCGCCGGAACGAACCAUUUUGUCAAGGUCUGGCUCGGAGGCGAUCACUUCUGCCAUCUGAGAAUCCACGAACCUCUACCCCACACCGGAGAGAAACCGGCGCUACACGACUACCAGCUGGAGAAGACCAAGCAUGAUCACAUUCUUCAUUUCUAGAAGGCGG